AUGUUAAGGUUUCGUGGAUUUCGAGCCAAUUUCAAACUAUCUACAGGCAAGCAAAGUGGACUUGACAACUUCGAUGAAACGCCGGGGUUAUCACUCAAUGGUGCAUACCGGAUAAAUAAGGAUGAAAAAUUUGGCAACAUCGACCUCCCCAGUCCGUCAAGACAAAUAACUCCUUCUAUGGUAACACUACCAGUUUCACAAAGUAAUUUAUCAACCAAAACCUCCAAAAGCGUUAACAAUUUAACAAAACAACAGAACGAUAACGGUCUAGCACAAAGUACUCCAAAUAUUUCUACAAACAUCACGGAGCAGUUACCAAAGAAUCAGAUAAAAGAGCAAAAGAAAAUAGAAAAACAACGUUUAGAGAAACAGAAGAAACAGGAGAAAAAGGCGGCCAAGGAAAAACAAAAAGCUGAAAAAUUGACAAAGGAAAGAGAAAAACAAAUCGCAAAACAGGCCUCGCCACAAACACAAGGAACAACACAAACCAAACAACAGCCACAAACUAUUAACAAUACUCCGCAACCACAGAUAACGACUCCACUCGAGCAACAGAAGCUAACGCAACCACAAAACCAUACACAGAUCACGCCACAGCCACAAACACGGUCACAGAGCAAGCCAAAAGCACAAUCACGGAAGAAAACCGCACCACAGCCACAGCCACAAAGUACACCACAGCCACAAAGCACACCACAGCCACAUAGCACACAACAGCCACAAAGCACGCCACAGCCACAAAGCACACCACAGCUCUCAAUCCGCGCAAUGAGAACAGAAUAUUCAACAAACACACUAGAAAGUUCUAUAAGCAGAAGUAGCGGACCCCCGCCAUAUACACCACAAGAUAUUAUUCACGAGAACGAACAUUCUGGAAAUAUCACGUUCAAGGUGGACUCUAGCUGGGACAUGAUCAACGAACACAGGCAACAGAUGAACAGGCCAAAGGUCAAGGGACUACCGAAACAAACACAUCUUGACCUCAACUACAACACUAGCCCGACUAUGGCUACUACAGACAUUAGUGAUGCGUAA